GGCACAUUACGGAUUGGUUCCGUUCGCUCGUGAGCUGUCGAAAUGCUGUUGCUAGUGACCAUCGAUGCGUAGGCCUACUGAAGCACCUUCGCACAAACCUUCAAGGAUCUGAACACACUGUCAUCGCUGACGAAACACUGACGACGAAGAGGCAUCAACAGUAAUAACUCCAAAAAAGUAACAACAAGCAGUUUUCCCAGUCUGCCAACAUAGAACCACGAAACGACGACACCGUGUGAAAGCGCAAGACGUGUAUCAACCCGACCUGACUCCAUCGUUUGCAGAACGCGUGGUGUUUGGCUAACUGCAUUUAUUGCACUAUCGGCAACUUUUCACGGCACGAAGGUGCACCAACCCAACCGUCCCUCCCUGCUUUGCAAUCAACAAGUGUUAGUACGGCGUGAUUUGUUUAACACGGAUCAAUAGUAAAGCCGGGUGAAUUGCAGAAGAAACAAACAAAAAUACAUUUGAGCUAACUGUACUGCUAAAACAAUCUUCGUAAGCCGCCAUGAAUAGAGAUUCUACCGCUGAUGGAGGUAGCAUUGCAAAGUUAAGAGGGCAAACGUGGAAGCUAUUUAUCGAACGCAGGGGACAUCGUGGUUUGUAUGACUCCGACGAGGAGGAUAGUUUAAUCGGCGAACUAACAGGAGAAAAGCAAAAACAUGCCAAACUCUACGAAAGCCUUCCCGGGCACACCCAACAACAGCAGAACAGCGCCAAGGUGGAACAUGGGACUGCCGGUUCGAUACACAAUCGCCCACGGGGUAGCGUCAUGCGGCUCGACAAAGCUGACAUGGGUCUGUACGGCAUCUGCCCGGAGACGGACCCGUUCUACGCAGUGAUCUGUGAUAUUUGUAAGAGCGUGGUGAAACCACAGGGAUUGCAAAAACACAUGCAAAAUAGACAUCAUUCCUACUUCAGCCACGCCGCUCAGCUGAACGCGAACGGAGGCAGCAGGUUUAGCAGCUCGGUGGUCGGUGGGAAAUCGGGAGCUGCUUUCAGCGACCAGCUGGGAGUGGUUAACAGCUUUACGUCGGGUUCCGCUUUGGAAAAGACUGAUUAUGCGAUCCGUUCCGGUAGCGAGGCUUCCUCCGGCAGCUCCUCCCGUACGGAUGGCAAAGGGCUUUCUAGUUCCUAUGGCCAGCAGGGAAGUGUGGAAGAUCCACCAACAUUAUCAUCAUCAUCAUUGUUAUCGUCAGGCGAUUCCCUGGUCACCGCUCCGCUGGUGAAGGUGCGCAGUUCCGGCGGUAGUAACAAGGUGAAAAGUAAAAACUCCAAAAGCUCAUCCCACCACAGUGGCGGGGGCAGUUCAUCGAAAUCAUCGUCCACCGGCGCCGCCACGGGUGGCAACUAUGCCGGUAACGGUACCGGUGGUUCCCUUUCCUCUACCUUCUCGAAGGCCACCAUAUCGAGUUCCGGUGCGAACGAUCAGGGGGUACCGUCGCUGGUGGAGUUCUCGGGCCGGGAAUUUCCUUCCGGUGCCAUUGGUAGCGGUGGCGUCCCCGUGGUACUCAUGAACAACUGUUCUGUGGUGCUGGAAAAGAAGACCAGUCUAGCGAUCGCAAACAGUGGUUCCUCCACUUCCACUGCCAAUCAUGAACCAUCAAAUGUACCGGUCGCGUCCAAAUCAUCGUCGAAACGAGGCUCAAAGCUAGCGUCAGCAUCCUCUUCGUCUAGUUCCUCACCAUCGUCCACUACUUCGUCCUCGUCAUCAUCAUCUUCAUCGUCUUCAUCCUCGUCCUCAUCGUCGAGUAGUAGCAGCAGCAGCACAAGCAGCACCAGUAGCAGCAGUAGCAGCUCGACCUCCACCGGUGGUGCAACCGGGCAAGCCACCAACAAGUCUUCCUCCGAUCGAAAAGGUGAGUCGCGCUCGCGAGACUUUGAUCCGGAUCGGCACUGCGGGGUGAUGACGACCGAUGGCAAACGGCACUGCACGCGUCCAAUCACCUGCAAAUCGCACUCGCUUACGCAACGCCGGGCAGUUCCGGGAAGGAGCAAACAUUUGGACAAACUACUUGCUGAACUUCGCGGGCAAGGUACGGUGGCGGGGACAACAACAACAACGUCGUCGUCGACGACCAGUGCUUCUCCCGCGGGAACGAAAGAUGACGGAACGGCUUUCCUUGAGGCGAUGGAAUCGAACAGUAACUCCUCUUCCGGAUUCGACGGUACAGUCGAACGGCGACCAGUGGCGGUCGCGGUAGGCACAGGGGAAAGCAUUCUACGCUCAUCCACACCGCAAGGCUCGGCGAUGGUCCCAGCGAGCGGUGAAGUUUCGGUACGGCAUCAUUCGCACCAUGGCACAGGUUCCGGUGGCAUAAAACAUGGCGUCAGUGGUGAAGGUAAGAAUGAUCGAUCGAAGCAGAAGACAUCCUCCCGGUCCCAUGGGGGCUCGAGUUCUACAAACCACCACCAAGGCAACAAAUCCACGCAUCACCGGUCACUGCACACUAUAACAAAGCAGGGCCAUGCUACAUCGGAUCAUACGGCCCAGUCUUCGGUCGUGCUUUCUCAACAGCAGAACCUAGUUUUGCAACCCCAAUCGGUGUCAGGCUCAAAUCCGGUGUCACAGUCGAUAACGAUGUUACCUACGAACAGCACAAAACCGAAUCAUACGGACAUACUUGGGCAGAACUUCAAUCAUGAAGCGGAUCUCGGCCAAACCGCUGUUCUUGCUGACCACCAGCACACUACGAUCCUGAUGGAUGCCGGCUCGAAUCUGUUGAAAUUAUCCGUGCCGGGCGAUGGAGAAUCAGCUUACGGUGGACAAAACCUUAUGCACGAUCAGCUUACCGUCACGCUGCCCUUAUCUGUGAUAUCUUCCAUGAACCUUGCGGGAACGAAUUUAGUCAACAUGGCGCAGGCGACUGGUGUUGGGGAGCCUCAAUCGGUCAAUGCAAAUACGAACAUGCUUCCACCCGGGGUCGAAGAGCAUGCUCAGCAAACCUUUAUUAGCACCGAUUUGAUCGAUCAAAUCCCCCUCGGUACUUCAAAUGGCACUGCCGAGCAUUUGCACAACGCGAAUGCGGCAUACCGUCUGGCGACUAGUGCUGACCAGGUGCCCUCAGGAUCCGCAGGGGACAGUCUAUCCGCCGAUCUGUUGCUACCUGCUUUCAAUGAACAGAUAAAUUACACACUACAAACGCUAGCACAAAACCUCGUCCAUUCGGAUGGAAGUACCGGUGGGGGAGUGGUAGUUUCCCAGCAGCAGCAGCAGCAACAACAACAACAACAACCGGGUUCCCAGACCACGGCCCAAACGGUGGUCGAUUUGGUCGACAGCAUUGACGAUAUUGUGCCGACGAUCAAUCUUCUACCGGCGACCGCAAACCCGCUCGUUCAGUUGCCGGGAGAUCUGGCCGAUUCAAUCAUCCUCACGCCUAACCAACUGUCCACCCUCUCGCAGUCCCUGGCGGCCGCGGUCGACCAACAGUUCAUUGACAACAUUUCGUCGGCGCUCGGUAAAUCGGUCGCAGAAAUGGGCUCCGAUCUGCUCACGGUCAACAGCCCGGUUGACAUCUCCAAACUGAAUCUGCUGAAAAAGAUCGAUGACGAGUACGUGCGAGAACGGCAACUUCAACAGCAGCCUCUUUCGUACUCAAUCGGAACGCCCGAUGAGCUGCGGGGCGUUAAGAUCUGGUACAAUUCCCUUCCCAAGCCGCUGCACGUGAACAACUUCCAACUGCGCCGGCUGGCCGGAGGGUAUGUGACGAACCGGAAAUUGCUAAACGUACGCCGGAAUCUUCUGCAAGAGUCAAGCCUGCUCGUCGGAAAGGCGCUUGGCUCGCCCACACCCGGCACGAGCAUUCUCGCACACUCGUCUCCACAUGGCAACAGCUCGCUAGGUGGUAGUGGUGGUGCUGGUGCUGGUGUCGGUCAGCGUUCCACAACAUCCGGCAUGAUUGGGGGUCGCACCGGAAACGACAUUUUAUUGGCCUCGCUAGCAUCGUCCUCUGGGUGUUCCUCUUCGACGUCCUCAUCGUCGAUUGGUGGUAAGGGUAAGGGCAACGAGGUGCAAGCCGCAGGCAUCAAUGGUAUCGGAGGUGGAAAUAUCCUUGGCAGCCCGACCGGUUCCGGAACGAACCGAAACACACCCGCAAACAAUCGGGGCCAAAGGCGCCUGAUUCUCGCACCCCCAUCUCCCAGCGAACGAACCGAGCGAACUUCAUGUUUGCUGAGCAAUGCCUACUUUAAGAAUCUUAUCUCGUCGAUGCAGCAACAACAGCAACAAACGCAGACAAAAGACUUGCAUCACACGACGAAGAUGGGGGCCUCCGGACAGCCGGAUGCCUUGGGCGGUGACCGGCCGCACUCGCUGAAGCGAGGGCCCUCUUCCACGCUGAUGACACUUUCGAACAAACGGCUGAAGAUUAUCAACAAUCUGCACAACUCGACGGCGCCACCGCCCGUUUUGCUGCAGGGAAGUGGUUGUCCCAAGCCCAAAGUAUUAUAAUUGUUAGUUACUUUGCUGCUGGCGCGAAAUGAGGAAAAAAGAGAAAGCCUGGAGGAUGAUUCUCGAGAUGGCACUGAUUGUUAAGAGGCUGCCAAAAAUAACGAAGUAAUUUACAUAAAGCUGCUCUUACUACUGGUAGAAGUACUACAACUUCUACUCCUUCUACUUCUACUACUGGACUGAAUACCUCCCCUAAAAACUCAUUAAACUGUACUCCAGUUCCGAACUGUAUAACGCUUACUAGAAUUCCCUUCCAUCCCCAACUGUUUCCAUUGUGUCCUUACCCGCUAGCACCAUCUUUGUUCCCCUCGCACUUAUUGAUGGUCUUGUUGUGCGUGUAAUAAUACUGUAUUAGUUUUAAUGCAAGCAACGGAAUGACAUCGCUGAACGUGAAUCUUUCAAUGCUUUACCUGAAAAUAAGAUUUUAUUUAAGCCUCACUUUGUUCAGAUUAUUUAUGAAACCUGUCUUUCUUUUUUAUAGUUGAGGUUUUUUUUGUGUCCCAUGUUAAUAGCAUUGAAAUGAAUUUUCGCAUUGCUCUUUUGCAGAAGGAAAAGUUUGUAAGGUUCUAUUUCUUACGGAGCUCGAAACCAUGUUCCGUGGACGAACGACGAACCACGUUUUCGUUAACAGCAUUUUCUGUUGUUAAUUGUACUUUUGACGUGUAACAGCAAACUCAAAAUGUGGCAAAAUAGUUUCCUUUUUUAAUGAUCGAUAAUGACACUACAGAUUUAAUAACGAUACUUUUUCCUCUUUCCAAAAGGUCUUUCCUAAACCUUUUAAUAACAAAAACCCCCUUUCUUCUGGUAUGAAGAAUCGAUUCAUAGGAGUGUGAUAGCUAGUUUGAUAGUUCCGUAACCAUUAUUAAGUAACAAUAGGCUACAAAAUAAGACGAUAUGAUUGUAAAGUUAAGGAGCAGUAACGAAAACCCGAAAUGGAGCCUACACAUAAUAGAUAAAAAUACAUCUUGGCUUUGUUCUUUUGGUUGUUGAGAGAAAAGUACCCUCCUAAGUUCUCUUUUCAGAAAGAUGUAUAAAUGGUUCUUCUAUAAAUUCUUCUCAUG